AAUUUUUCCACAUCUUUACUCGUUUUCUCACUUUAUGUUACUUGGCCUCCAAGAAGUGGGUCUUUGGGCUGUAAAACAACAACAAAAUAUUGUUACACUACAUUUCAAUGCAAUAGACACGCCUCUCUUAAGUUUUCAAAGUUUUUUGUUCUUCUUUCUUUUUAGCUCCAGCCACCUUUUGGGUAAGAGAUUGGAAGAGGUUUUCACUGCAGAAUAGCAAAGUUUGUCUUCUGGCUUUUGCUUUUCUCUAAGAGAGAGAGAGAGAGAGAGAGAGAGAGAGGAGAAGUGAAAAGGAAGAGGAUCAAACAUGGCAGGAGGUGGAGGUGGAGGUCCUGCACCACCCCCAAAACUGGAGGAGCUUCAGCCACAUCCAGUCAAAGAUCAGCUACCAAAUGUCUCUUACUGCAUUACCAGUCCUCCUCCUUGGCCUGAAGCUAUCCUACUAGGCUUCCAGCAUUACUUGGUGAUGCUUGGCACAACGGUUCUCAUUCCAACGUCUCUGGUUCCCCAGAUGGGAGGUGGAAAUGAGGAGAAGGCAAAGAUGAUUCAGACUAUACUUUUUGUUGCUGGUAUAAACACGUUAUUUCAAACAUUGUUCGGGACUCGUUUACCUGCAGUAAUUGGAGCGUCUUAUUCCUAUGUGCCAACGACCAUUUCGAUUAUCUUGGCUGGUCGAUAUAGUGACAUUGUGAAUCCACAGGAGAAAUUUGAGAGGAUAAUGCGUGGUACUCAGGGUGCCCUUAUUGUUGCCUCAACUCUCCAGAUUGUUGUUGGUUUCAGUGGCCUUUGGCGUAAUGUGGCCAGGUUCCUAAGUCCAUUAUCUGCUGUUCCUUUGGUAGCUUUGUCAGGCUUUGGACUAUACGAGUUUGGUUUUCCUGUGCUUGCAAAAUGCGUGGAGAUUGGGCUGCCACAACUCAUCAUUCUUGUUAUAUUGUCACAAUACAUUCCUCAUUUGAUGCAUGGGGAGAAGAAUGUGUUUAAUCGCUUUGCUGUUAUAUUCUCUGUGGCGAUUGUUUGGGUUUAUGCUCAUCUACUCACAGUUGGUGGGGCAUAUAAGAACACAGGACCGAAAACUCAAUUGACUUGUCGAACUGAUCGUGCUGGCAUUAUAGGAGGUGCUCCAUGGAUAAGAAUACCAUAUCCCUUUCAGUGGGGAGCCCCCACUUUUGAUGCUGGAGAGGCUUUUGCAAUGAUGGCUGCUUCAUUUGUUGCUCUUGUAGAGUCCACUGGUGCUUUCAUAGCUGUGUCAAGGUAUGCAAGUGCAACUCCCCUGCCGCCUUCUAUUCUUAGCCGUGGUGUUGGUUGGCAGGGAGUCGGCAUUCUUUUCUCUGGUAUAUUUGGAACUGGGAGUGGAUCAUCUGUAUCUGUUGAAAAUGCUGGUUUGUUAGCUUUGACACGUGUUGGCAGCCGAAGAGUUGUUCAGAUUUCAGCUGGAUUCAUGAUCUUCUUUUCUAUACUUGGAAAAUUUGGAGCUGUCUUCGCCUCAAUUCCAGCCCCAAUCAUUGCGGCUUUGUAUUGCUUUUUCUUUGCCUAUGUUGGUUCAGCAGGUCUCAGCUUACUUCAAUUUUGCAAUCUAAACAGUUUUAGGACGAAGUUUAUUAUAGGCUUCUCAAUUUUCAUGGGCUUUUCAAUCCCACAAUACUUCAAUGAGUAUACUGUUGUUAAUGGUUAUGGUCCGGUGCACACUAGAGCAAGAUGGUUCAAUGACAUGAUCAACGUACCCUUCUCGUCAGAACCGUUUGUUGCUGGUAUGUUGGCAAUUUUCCUAGACAUCACUCUGCAUAAGAAAGACAGUGCAACAAGGAAAGAUAGAGGCAUGCAUUGGUGGGAUAGGUUCCAGUCGUUUAAGACAGAUACAAGAAGUGAGGAAUUCUACCGUCUGCCUUUCAAUCUCAACAAGUUUUUCCCAUCAGUAUGAUAUCGAAAACACAGUAAUUGUGAAGCUGGUGUUCUCCAAUGGCCAAAUACUCUAAAUAUCUCUUUGUGGGUAUGACAUUAAUGCAUGAAUCUUGUUUUGUUCCCAUUAUAAAUGUCAACUCCAUGAAAGAAAACCUACAGUGUCUUUAACAUCAAAUCUUUGUGUUUCAAGGCACAAUUUGUUGCAGCGAUCCAUUUUUCCCAUAAAUCAUGAUCCUUGAAAUGGUAAAAACAUAACAUUAUACAUAUGUCUAUUGCAAUGUAGUAGCACAUUACUUAUUGAUUUAUAUUUUUUGGUUUUC